AUGACUACUGCAACGACCUCCACUUCGGCCUUGCAAGGCUUUUCGCUCUUUCCGACGACGGUUCCCAAGAUCGCCAUUCCAACCCCCCAUAAAAAGAAUCCAAGCCUACACAGUAUCAGUAUUGUUACCUCACCGGACAGCGCAUUCUCGCCCAAUGCCGAAUCGGUUGUUAUAAAGAUGGAGGAGGAGAGGCCGCCCGUCCCUCGAUUCCCCGCCCGCCUCAGCGAACAACAACAAAUGAGAGAAUGCAGCCCUUCUCCAGAAGAUAUCGGGAGGGCGGUGACCACGUCCUCACCCAUCGAUGGAAAGACUCCUGCCCAGCCUGUUCUUCCUUCCGCAACAGUGGUGACGUAUACCCCAUCGUUAUACCAGUCGCCCGAACUUCACCAGACAUCAUCUCCGCAACCUUCGUCAUCCCUAGGCACAGGAUCAGCAACAACCUUGGUGGCAGCGGCAGCUCCUACAGCAAACAUCCAGGACGGGACGCAUAAUAAGUCUCCCACCGAUCCUUCACCGGUCGUUCCCAUCCGCUCCAUAUUCCCCGUUUACAACCCUUCCGUGCCAUUGACUCAACAAGUCUACCUCCCGCACCCACCACCCCCAGUGCGAAUCUCAGGCAUGCCUCUCUUCAAUGGCAUACUCCCUUCCAGGGAGGACUACCGAAGCAGUCUUUCCAUUCCAUUUAACACGCCAGCAAUAGGGGUUGCUCAGAGAACUGCUCCUGCUAGCGUUCUCAACUUCCCGUCGGACGUGAUGAGCAUUAACGUGGGUCCACGCAUAUCAACACAAAGGGAGUUGGAGAAAUUAUGGGACGCUUCUCACGGAACUGAACCGGGUUGUUCGAUAAAGAGUUUCGAUCUCGAGAUGGCACGGACCGAGGAAGCAACAUUCGUAUUCGGCUCCCACCCUUCUCUCCCCUUCUACACCCUCCAGACCUACGACACAAAUGAAAUCGCCAUCUCCAAAACCUGCCCCAGCAAACCUCGCUCACCCAUAGCCAACGCCGAAUCACCACUCACACGCGACGUGAUUCUCUGCCCUCUGGAACCUGCUGCUCGCCGUCUUCCACCCAAUGACGGGCUCGUCGCGUUCAUAUUCCCCAAGCUCGCCGCCCUGCUCGCGAUAAACCAAUCAGCCGCGCUCGCUCGACAACACAGUCUCGCACCAACAGACCGAGACGAUAUCGAAGCACAGGCAGUCCGUCGUGCCGCCAAGCAGGAAGCCUGCCAUUUACGAUUUAACGCGAGGGGCGGGUUCUAUGAACUUGAACACCCUGCCAUCGGGCGAGCUGCGGUGGGUGGGGAUUUUGCGACGCAGAGCCCCGUUCCGAGCUCGCCGACGACGAUAAGGAGUAUUACAGGGAAGCCGGUGCUGCAUAUUACCAUUUCGACGGACAGCCAUCUUCCCACGAUCAACGUGAUUGACCCGAACGCUGCACGGCGGAUAGGCGCAGUCAUGACGCCUACCACCACGGCUCCGUCCUCUGCAGGAGCUGGCAUGCGUCGAUUGUCUACGCUCCCACAGACCGAAACUUCUUUACCGUCGUCAGAGUACCCACCCCUAGCCACACUUGAUCUUACCUCCGAGAUCUUCCACGUCGACGCCAAUGCCAUCCUCGAAUUGAUGCCCAGCCUGUUCAGCGUUGACUGCGUCGUCUCAGCGGUCAUGUCGGUUGCCGUCGCAGACGCAGCCACGAAUCCCAUCUUGGGAGGCAUGGAGAUCUGGAAACCGAGACCCGCACCGACGUCUCGCCUUGGGACAGGCGCCAGAAGCAUCCGUACCCGAGCCGGCAGUGUGAGGAGCCACGCGGGCAGCGUAUUUUACGCCACCAUCGCGGAACGAGAAGAGGCAGAGGAAGAAGCCAAGCUGAUGCGCAGGACCCAUGAGGCAGACAUCCGGGCGGCGAGCGGCUCGUCGAGAUCCAAACCAAAAGGAUCGCGGAUCUGGUUUGGGCGGUUGUCCAACAGCACGACCGACGAGUCCGAGGAAGACGAGACCUCGGAGAAAAAGUCGCGCAAAAAGAAGAACAAGAAGGCCAAGACCAAGAAGAUCGUCGUGGGCGAAUUCGACCUGGAAAAGCUUGGCCACUACCAGUCCGGCGACCGGAAGGGCGAGGAGUUACCCGCCGUUACGAGGGGGGUGUUGGGUGGGCUGGUCAUGGGGCUGAAGUUGGUGGUCUGGCUAUUGACCAUGGCCGUACAGGUUCUGGCUUGGUUGCUGGUCCAUCUGACCAGAGGUCUUACCAGCGAGAAGUUCUGA